AGAUAAUGUAGAGUGCGCCGCGCCGUGACGGCGUGGAUGAGAAAGCCUCCAAACCUCUCUGUUUCGGGCUCUCCGUCCCCGGCGUCCAACACCCAUACUCUCCCCAGGUUGUGUGCCACACCCACACUCAACUAUAUACGAAAACCGCCGGCGCCUGGCCCCUAGGCCCUAGUCACAGACCCUUGUUCUUUCUUCGACGCGCCCCCGGGCAUGGCGAACCGCAGUGUUGCCAUGGGCUUGGCCCUCGCGUUCGUGGCCAUGACCGCGCUCUGUUGCGCGCCGGGCGCCGCGGAGUUGCCCCGGCUGGACCACCCGGCCAGGAGCGACGGAUCGCUGAAGCUGCUCGUCGUCGGGGACUGGGGACGCAAGGGGACUCACAACCAGUCCCGGGUCGCCGACCAGAUGGGAAGGGUCGGGGAGAAGCUCGAUAUCGACUUUGUUAUAUCCACCGGGGACAACUUCUACAAGAACGGCCUCAAGGGCGUGCGCGACCAGGCAUUUGAAGAAUCGUUCGUGGAUAUCUACACAGCUCAAAGCUUACAGAAGCCAUGGUACUCAGUUCUAGGAAAUCAUGAUUACAGGGGCAAUGCGCUCGCACAGCUUAGCCCAGUCUUGAGGAAGAUCGACGACCGAUUCAUUUGCAUGAGAUCGUUCAUCGUUAACGCAGAACUUGUGGACUUCUUCUUUGUCGACACCACUCCGUUCCAACUGGAGUAUUGGACUCACCCUGGCAAGCAUCGUUAUGACUGGAGAGGGGUGGCGCCUCGAGGCAAUUACUUAGCCAAUUUGCUGAAGGAUCUGGAUGUGGCUAUGAAGAAAUCAACUGCAAGGUGGAAGAUUGUGGUUGGGCAUCACACCAUGAGGAGUGUGAGUGAGCACAGGGACACCGAGGAGCUUCUGGAAUUACUACUUCCAGUCCUCAAGGACAAUGGCGUCGACUUCUACAUCAAUGGACACGAUCACUGUCUGGAGCACAUUAGCAGCAGAGACAGUCCACUCCAGUAUUUCACGAGCGGAGGCGGUUCCAAGGCAUGGAGAGGAGUCUUCCAUCCAAACAAGGACAAGCUCCGAUUCUUCUACGACGGGCAAGGGUUCAUGUCCCUCCAGCUGAACCAAGACCAGGCUCACUUUAUCUUUUACGACGUUUUCGGGAACAUACUGUACCGAUGGAGCUCGAGACAUCCCCAGUCUUCCACGUAUCUCGAUGAGGAAUAAAUUGGAUUGAUUUUGCGCCAUUGAUAUGUACAAAACACCACCUGCCAACUGUCAUGUAUGUGAAAUGAUGAGUGUUAGACGCAAAGAAGGUUAUACACCAGUUAGGG